CGGAUCUACUUGUUGUUAUUAUGGCAGGAAGUUGCAAGCGUAAGGGUUAAAACGUUCGAAUAUCUAAGUUGAUGUUAUUGGAGCUAUUUAUAAGUUUUUAGUUAGAAUGUAAAAUGCAUGCGGUGCGGUUAAACUGUAGUUAGCUAGGCAAAGCUCGCGUGCGGUGUUCAAAUUAGCAAACUGUCAUUUGUUUGUGCUUUUUUCUGCCAGUACGCAUGUUGCUCUGACUGAGACGUGCAAGGCCUCUUCACGCGUGGGUAUGGCAGACAAUUUUGAAAGAGUUCCCGUGGAUAGGAACUCAGACCGCGGGGAACAGGCUAGCAGCCAUCUGCGGGAAACGGAACCUACACUGCCCGUCUUCGUUCAACGCGAGCCCCUCCGACAGCCACGGACUUCACCCCCUGUGUUGGAGGAGAGCUGGAGGGCGGCCGGAGAGGGAAAAAAUGUGGCUGCUCACAACAGCCGAAUCGCAACGGGACAGGCGUUGGAAGGCGUUCUCCAUUCCAACCUGUCGGUCAACGCCGCAGAAUUCUACCCUGCGGGUUACAACCCACAUGAGCCAGUCUAUGAGGAUGUCCAGGAGCAUUAUUACCCAGAGGCCUUGGCUGAUCUGGUGCAGGAGUUCCUCAGCCACCUCAACUCCUCUCCGGGGUCUUUUGAGUCCGAUAUUGUGCAGAUCACCAACACACUGAACGAGUGUGUCACCACCGAAGAGACGCUGAGGGAGCUGGUGGAGCUGAUCUUCACGCAGUCCACCUCCAUCCCAAACUUUUCCUACACGGGAGCGCGGGUCUGCAACCAUCUGUCGCGCCACCUGACCUUCAGUCCGCCUGGCCGCAACUUUCGACAGCUGCUGCUCCAAAGGUGCCAGACGGAGUUUCUGCGCAGAGAUGAGGCGGUGAAGGGGGACGAGGCCACGCAGAAGAGCUUCCACUCCUACGUGCUCUUCCUGGGCGAGCUGUACCUCAACCUGCAGCUGAAUACGACAGGACCCCCAGUGAGGGCGGACGUCCUUCUCGAAGGUUUGAGGAUGUUGCUGGACAGCCUGUUCUCCAACCCUCAGGACAAGAACCUCAUCUGUGCGGUGAAACUUCUGAAGCUGAUGGGGUCGGUCCUGGAAGAUGCCUGGAAGGAGAAGGGCCAGCAGCACAUGGACCAGCUGGUCCAGAGGAUCGAGAGCAUCCUGAAAGUUGUCCCCUGUGCCAGGGACGUGACGCUGAUGCUGCAGAAUCUGCUGGAGCUCCGGUCCAUCGGCUGGGGCAGGGUCCAGGGCGGGGUCCAGGGCGGGGCAGCCGCCUGCCAAGCCACGCCCGACAACGACCCCAAUUACUUCAUGAAUGAGCCCACUUUUUAUACCCAGGACGGCACUCCUUUCACUGCAGCCGAUCCAGACUACGCUGAAAGGUACCAGGAAGUACUGGAUCAGGAGGGCUAUUUCCGAGACUUUUACGAAGAGAAUGGCAACGAAGAAUACUAUGACUCUCCGGAUGAGAUGGACCCUGAGAUCGCAGAAGCAUAUGAGAAGUUCUGCCUGGAGUCGGAGCAGAAAAGGAAACCGCGAUAGAGGGCAGCGGCUGGUGCGCUCGGCCAGUGGAAGGAUGAAUGGCAGUAUCAGUAAAUCGAGAGAUGUGUUUUAGCGAAGCUUUAAAGCGUGUGUGCUUAUGAACCUCCUGCUCUUUCGUUUGAGUUGUUAAAUUGUUCGGAGGAGGGAUGCAGCUCAGUGACAGGGCGGUUGUCGCACCUCUUAAAAUAAACCCGCAGUUCACAGUUUUAAAUUUGAAGUUUGAAGUUGGUUAUUGUUUUUUUUGUUUGUUUUUUUUUUUGCCUCUUUUUCGCAUUUAUCCUCUCGUCUUCCUGAAUUAUUUUACCUGUGCAUGUUUGGGACGUGUGGAUUUUUAACGUUCUAAAAGGUACUGGACAGUGGAGGACUCGUAAUUGUUCGUUUUGAUUGGCUCGCUAGAUGCAAAACUGUUAAACCGACACAUCAAUUUUGGCUACAGAGUGCAGCAGGAAGAAGGCACUGACUCCUGUCUGUUGUGCAUCGCCUCUGUGUCUGCUCUGCUCGUUCCUUAGUUUUGUGCUCUAAGUCACUGGAAUUGCACUGUGCAUUCAUGAUUGGUUCGUUUGUCAUGCUAACAAAGUUUGUUUCAUGCAAGUGUGUCAAGUUAACACAGGUGUAUUUAGACUAGGAUCGUUUUGUUAUGAAAUUAGGUGCGAUGUUAUACGAUCUAUUCAGGGCAGCCGCUGGCCUUGAGCUAAGGGCUAAAGCCGUGUGUUUCACACUCAGUCCUGGGGUACACUGUGUGUGCUGGUUUUUAUUCCAACCGCAAGUUUUUAAAUUACACAAAUUUUCAUGUGUAGAGGGAUUACUUUACCCUCUUAGGUCACGUGAUGCCAGAAAUAGCGAUGCAUGCCACGAAGAAUAAUAGUCCCAUAUUAAUGGUUCUAUUCCAGACAGUGACAUUAAAGAGAGGUAAAAAUGUUUUGUCUGAUUAAGUUGACUGGGGCUCCUAAUUGGUGACAGCGUUGACACAUGGUCACGAAAAUUAAUUGCGUUUGUAGAUGAUGAAGCAUUCAAAGACAAAUAACAAGCCAAACCUGUGUUGUAUUAAUGAGUUUAUGGGGGGAAAAUUAUGAAAGAACUUAAACAUGUGAUCAGUACCCUAAUUAGGGGCCUAUCGAUGCACCUCAGUCUAAAACGUUUAAAUUUCCUGUUACCUCUUUUUAUGUCAUUGUUUGCGGUGUAGCAUAAUAAGCACAUUGUGAACAUUGGGUUUACAUUCUUCAUGGCAUACUUCAUGGCUACUUACUACAUAAUGUGGUGUAAGAGGAAAAAUAAUCCCUCUAAACAUGAAAAUCACAUAAUUAAGAAAAAAUUAAACCGUUUGUUAAAAUUCAGGGCUGCAUUUGUGGUUGGAACGAAAGCCAGCAUACACAGUGUCGCUACCGCAGGACUGAGUUUGAGAACCACUGGGCUGAGGGUUAAACCAAAAGCCAAAUCCUGUUCGUGAUGCUCAUUUUGUCUGUGGCCUCAGACUCUCUGAUCGCUUACUGCUCGUCUGUGGAUGUCUGUUCAGAAGGGAUUCACCGAUCUGGAUCUCAUCUGGAUGGCCUUUAAACUGAUGCCCAUGAACACGGAGGUACUUCAAAAGCACGCUUUGAGUGGAACACCGUGCUCUGUAUCUUUGGGUAUGUCAACAGUAAAUUCUGGCACAAACUGAUCCCACACAAAAAGACUGUUUUAUUUAUGUAUGUUGAUGUAAAUAAAUGUACAGCGUUGUUUGGCUGCAAUAAAUCCUUU